UGAAGACAAUGGGCACAGAGGUGAUUUUUUGAAAUCAGCAAUGCCAGUUCUGGGCCCUUGACAAUUGCCCAGAAGUAGCAGCCUGUGAGGUCAUCCCUGGAAGGAUGUCCCAAGCCUGGGAAGACUUGGGCUUGGUAUUGAGGAGCUGAACCUUGCAAGCAGAUCAUGGAUGGAAGCAACUCGCAAACUACAUUUCCCCCAGAGAACUCCACUGUGCUUCAGGACUCAGCCCGCUUCAGUUGCCACGUCAGACAGAGCCCCGCGCGGCGAGUCGAGAGGAGAAGCACGUGGGUGCACCGAAGGUGCGAAGUCUCCGGGGACGGUCAUGCAGGCAGCCGCCUAAGCUGGACCCCGGCAAGGAAAAAAGGAUGUGUCCGUGGUCCUGUUUUUUUUUCCCCUUUCAGUUCCGUGGAGCAUUUCCCGGGACCUGCCAGCAUGCCUGCAUCCAGGGGGGGGCUGCUGUUCCUUUCCUUCCUGGUCCUGGGACAAGCGAUGGAUUUUACAGAUUACAGCUAUGUCCUAGAAGAAGAGGAGGAAGACACAGAUCCAAUUGACUAUAAGGACCCUUGCAAAGCUGCUGCCUUUUUAGGAGAUAUCGCCUUGGACGAGGAAGACUUCAAGUUGCUCCAAGUGGACAGGGUUGUGGAUUUCACACGACACGCCAUUGAGAGAAUUGCCACCAACUCUUCAGGAAACAGUUCCAACAGCACCAGCACCAGACCUAGGAGACAGCAGAGGAGAAGAUUGAGGCAGGGCCAGGGGCGACCUCGAAGCCGGCGGGCUGCCACUUCCCGUCCUGAGCGAGUGUGGCCGGAUGGAAUCAUUCCUUAUGUAGUCAGUGGGAAUUUCACUGGCAACCAGCGGGCAAUCUUUCGACAAGCCAUGCGCCACUGGGAGAAGCACACUUGUGUCACCUUCUUGGAGCGAAAUGAUGAAGACAGCUAUAUUGUGUUUACAUACAGGCCUUGUGGGUGCUGUUCCUAUGUGGGGCGCAGAGGAGGAGGACCUCAGGCCAUCUCCAUUGGGAAAAACUGUGACAAAUUUGGCAUUGUAGUACAUGAGCUAGGCCAUGUCAUUGGUUUCUGGCAUGAGCACACACGCCCGGACCGAGACGCCCACGUGUCCAUUUACCGUGAGCACAUCCAACCAGGGCAGGAGUAUAACUUCCUGAAGAUGGAGCCUGAAGAGGUGGAGUCUUUGGGCGAGACAUACGACUUUGACAGCAUCAUGCAUUAUGCCAGGAACACCUUCUCCAAGGGGAUCUUCCAAGACACCAUCCUUCCCAAGUAUAAUGUGAAUGGGAUGCAGCCCACCAUUGGCCAACGGACUCGACUAAGCAAGGGAGAUAUAGCCCAGGCACGCAAACUCUACAAAUGCCCUGCUUGUGGAGAGACGCUGCAGGACAGCCAGGGGAACUUCUCCUCACCUGAGUUUCCCAAUGGAUAUUCUGCACACAUGCACUGCAUCUGGAGAAUAUCUGUCACCCCAGGGGAAAAGAUCAUUCUGAACUUUACAACUCUGGACAUGUACCGAAGUCGGCUCUGCUGGUAUGAUUACGUGGAGGUGAGAGACGGGUUCUGGAAAAAGGCCACUCUGCGAGGUAGAUUCUGUGGGAAUAAGCUCCCAGAGCCUAUCCUCUCUACCGACAGCCGUCUCUGGAUUGAAUUCCGCAGCAGCAGCAACUGGGUCGGCAAGGGCUUCUUUGCAGUCUAUGAAGCCAUCUGCGGGGGAGAUGUGAAGAAAGAUAAUGGGCACAUCCAGUCUCCCAACUAUCCUGAUGACUACCGACCCAAUAAAUCAUGCAUCUGGAAGAUUACGGUCUCAGAAGGAUUCCACGUGGGCCUUGCUUUCUUGGCCUUUGAGAUUGAGCGCCAUGAUAGUUGUGCUUAUGACUACCUGGAGAUCUGGGAUGGUAACAAUGAGUCAGGCAAUCUGAUCGGAAGGUACUGUGGUUAUGAUAAACCUGAUGAUGUCAAGAGUACCUCCAACAAGUUGAUGAUGAAGUUUGUGUCAGACGGAUCCAUCAACAAAGCUGGCUUUGCUGUUAACUUCUUCAAAGAAAUGGACGAAUGCUCCAGACCAAACAACGGUGGGUGUGAACAACGCUGCGUGAACACUCUGGGCAGCUACAAAUGUGCCUGUGACCCUGGCUAUGAGCUGGCCUCAGACAAGCGCAGGUGUGAAGCUGCCUGUGGUGGGUUCCUCACCAAGCUCAACGGCUCCAUCACAAGCCCUGGAUGGCCAAAAGAAUACCCGCCAAACAAGAACUGCAUCUGGCAGCUCGUGGCGCCCACCCAGUACCGUAUAUCCCUGCAAUUUGACUUCUUUGAGACAGAGGGCAACGAUGUAUGCAAAUAUGACUUCGUAGAAGUGCGCAGUGGUCUCACCGCAGAGGCCAAAUUGCACGGCAAGUUCUGUGGGGCUGAAAAACCGGAUGUGAUUACCUCCCAGUACAACAACAUGCGCAUUGAGUUCAAGUCUGACAACACUGUCUCUAAGAAGGGCUUCAAGGCUCAUUUCUUCUCAGACAAAGAUGAAUGUUCGAAGGAUAAUGGCGGAUGCCAGCAUGAGUGCGUGAACACUUUCGGCAGCUACGAGUGCCAGUGCCGCAGCGGCUUUGUGUUGCAUGACAACAAGCAUGACUGCAAAGAAGCUGGCUGUGAUCACAAGUUGACUUCCAUCACUGCAACCAUCACUAGCCCAAAUUGGCCUGAUAAAUACCCAAGCAAGAAGGAAUGCACCUGGGCAAUAACAACAACGCCAGGACAUCAUGUCAAACUGACCAUCAGAGAGCUGGAUAUCGAAGGCCAUCAAGAAUGUACUUAUGACCACCUGGAAGUUUACAAUGGAAAAGAUGCCAAAGCUCCUGUUUUGGGACGGUUCUGUGGAACUAAAGAACCAGUCCCAAUAAUCUCCUCCACCAACAGGAUGUUCCUCAGGUUCUUCUCAGAUAAUUCCGUCCAAAAGAAAGGCUUUGAGGCAACCUAUACAUCAGAAUGUGGUGGCCAGAUGCAAGCUGAAGUUAAAACCAAGGACCUCUAUUCCCAUGCCCAGUUUGGAGACAACAACUACCCUGGUGGCUCUGACUGUGAAUGGGUGAUUGUAGCUGAGGAGGGCUAUGGAGUGGAACUCAUCUUCCAGACAUUUGAGAUCGAGGAAGAGGCAGACUGUGGCUAUGACUACAUGGAGCUGUUUGAUGGCUAUGACGGGACAGCCCCACGUCUGGGUCGCUAUUGUGGUUCUGGGCCUCCUGAAGAAGUCUAUUCUGCUGGUGACUCAGUGAUGGUAAGAUUCCACUCAGAUGACACCAUCAAUAAGAAGGGUUUCCACCUACGGUACACCAGCACCAAGUUCCAAGACACGCUGCACACACGGAAAUGAUGCCCAACCCCCUACAGCAGAGAAAAGGCCUUCUAGUUCCAGAGGGACUGGUCUCUGCUGUUUGAAGAAAAGACACCCAUGGAGAAAAUUCAGAUAGACUGGAAGGAGAAUUACACAGUACACCUCAGAGUGUGAAACACUCACACAAAAAUACAAGGUGCUGCCAGCCGCUCAUAUGGACAAGGCUUGGGGAAGUGGGGGAGUCCUUUAAUUAAAAAAAAGAAAGAAAUUUUCUGUGCCUCUUUGUUUUUCCAAACAGAGUGUCUCCAGAACUAACCACUUCACAGCUUCCAUUUACAGUUUGAUUUUUGUCUGUGCUGCUCUCUCCCAAUCCUGGAGAUUGUCGUUUAAAGUAAUGCUGGGAAAUCCAAUCUAUGGCAAACGUUUUCCAUUAUAAACUCCGUAAACCUGCUCAGAUGUCUGAAUGUACAGGCCCCAAUGCAGUGGAGAGACUGCCAUGCUUGCCGAAGCUGUGUAUCUGUUGUAAUGAUGUAAUAAACACACUUCCUUGUACUUCUAAAGGGAUGCCCAUCAGCCUCUUUUAACCCUUUGCCAUUUGUGAGGGUUGUUUUUACUACUUCUACUUCCAAGGAAAAUACAACUUGAAAAACUU